AUGCAGAUCAAAGAAGAUAAAGAGAUUGACCUGUUCGUAGCUAGCAGAAUAGGAUCUUUUAAACAUAUAAAGUAUCACACGGAUCCAUCGAAAAACAGUAAGAAAUGCAUAGAAAACCUCGUAGACAUUAAGACUUUACAAAAAGAUGAUAGUAUAACAUGCAUGGUGUGGGGCAGCCCUGAACAGACGGACAUACUGAUCGGAAGAAAGAACCAACAGAUCCAAGUUUACAACACUCUCCAAGGCUUCACAAAGUCGUACACAGCUGACUUCUGUGAAGGGGAUAUAGUGGGUUUGGGUCGGCAUGGAAGAAGACUGGUUGCAGCGGUCUCGGGAGGAGUGGUGCAAGUAUGGGGAAAGAAGGAAAAUGUCACUUAUAACGUAGGAAAGAUUGAUCGGAUGAAGAUCUUUGAUGGAGACACCACUAUAUUCGCUACUGGUGGUGAGGAAAACGACCUAAAAGUAUAUAGGAUUGGAGAAACUGAACCUUUAUUCAUGGCGAAGAAUCUUCCUCACGACUGGCUCCAACUACGGAAACCGGUGUGGGUCAGUGACCUCACUUUUUUGUCACCGAGCGAGCUCGCUGUGUGUUCUAGACAUGGAUAUAUUAGAUUAUACGACACCAGAGCCCAGAGACGGCCGGUUUGUAAUGUUGAGUGCGACAAAAUGGCUGCCACGUGUAUAUCUAAAGGAUUCGACGAGAGGCAGGUGUUCGUCGGCUUCGGUCGCGGUCAGCUGCACCAGGUGGACCUACGGCGCGGACACCUGGACAAGGGUUACAAGGGAGCAGCUGGAGCUAUUACAGGGGUAGUGAUCAGCCACGGGGCUGUCAUCAGCUGUAGCCUGGACAGACACCUGCGGGUACACAAGGCUGAUACCAAGGAACUGAUGUACAAGCAAUACCUGACGUCUAAGCUGAGCUGUGUCCUGGCACAGACAGCUUCCACCACACCCAUGAAGGACGUGAAGGAAGAAAUGGAAUUGAAGGAGGAAAUAGCUUUGGAAGACCUGGAAAAUACCAGUGAGAAGCCACAAAAACGUUCAGAAGACGAACAAUCACAGGAAAUAGAAGCGAAGAAGAUGAAACCUUCCACUGAGGGCAGUACUGCUGAUGAUGAAGAUGCUAUCAUCAACUUACUGAGGAGUACGGAGAAACAGAAGAAGAGAAGAGACAAGAUGAAGAAGAUUAAGAAGGCUAAGAGUGUGUUCCAUAACGCAUGA